AAAGUCGGACGUUUCUUUUCCAGAUUCGAAUAAGGAUGGACUGAAAUUCACUGAAAUUACAAAAAAGACAAAAGGCGCAAAAAAAAAAGAAAACAAAGUUUCUCAACUGAAUCUCGCCCGUUUCUGUAAAAAGGAUCCAAUGCACAGCAUUUAGAAGGUGGCUGUGCCUCGACGCAUAUUGAAUUUGGAAAUUGCCAUCGAUUCGUCACCAGGGUUCAGUCACAGGCAGCUGGGGUGACAUCCAACACCCCUCCCGUCCAUUGCGGAACGACGAUUGGCGACAGGGUCCGUCUUUUCAAAAACACACAAAUAAACUCAAGGCAACAUCCAUCCCCAGAAAUUCUCCCCAGAGAACUCCGACGUUUAAAAAGAAGCAAAAGAAGGGACGCCACCGUUCCAUCCCGCCUGGAACGCGGAGAGCCUCGCGUGCCCACUACAGCACCGUCAACGCUUCCUUAUAGGAGGACUCCUUAUAGGACCUCAGUCUGUUGGCCACUGAUGUGGUAAUACCGGACAGCAGCAAGGCGCGACAGGAUCGUGGGAAAAGCUGAGUGUCGAGUCUCAUAGGAAAAACAGUCAAUCCAAAAAUACAACACAAAAGCUGGCAACCUCCAUGUCGUCUAUUCUACAUCAAGGUUAACGCUUGCAGUACGUGCAGGCCUCACGUCCACCUCCAGACAAAAAAUCAAAUCGCAAGUUUCAACUCAAAGUUCCUCUUCGGUUUCUGCUCCUGUUCCCGUACCACAAAAAAAAAGGUGUACCUGCCCGCCCACCUGCGCGCAGGACGACGUGACUGCUUUCGCAGAACAGGCCGGCAAGGAACUCCCUCGAUCGCCAAUUCAUGCGUACAUCAUUCAGAAAAUCGCGACUCUCCAGAUCAGAUCCUGGAGUCAAUCAGACCGGCAACAUCGUCGCCCUACCAUUUGGCGUUGGUUUUAUUUGUAGCUUGACACGGCAUUAGGUCAAGGGCCAUCACCCGCAUUUCCAGUUUCCUCUCGGUUGCAGACUCGACAGUCUGCCCUCGGCGACCGGUGGCCAUGUGGGACAGGUUCAAGGGAGCCGUGCCUCAAAAGCUCGGGGGCCGAUCCCAGCAGCACCAGCAGCACAAACAACGUCCACAACUUGGUCUGGACAAGAAUGCAUACGCUGGCGGGAAUGGCUACAGCUACUCGGUCCAAGGAGGAGCGCCGCCGCCUCGCCCACCACGAGAAUUCGAGCAGCCGUUACACUUUUACGACAACUCUGCAUCUGUCAUCGAACAAGUGCCCAACCAAAGCCAACAUCGCAACUACGCAUAUCGGAACUCGGGCGGCUCAAACCGUCGUCCGGUCUCGUCCAUAUACUCUCAGCCUAGUCCUAUCCACACCAGCUUCGCCCCGGCAUCGACGGCGCCGCCAAGGAGAAGCUACACAUUCAACGACGGAGACGAAAUCUCACCUCCUUCGUCACCAGAAGAGAUCACUCCAAGGCAUGGGGCCCUCCCUGUACCUGACAUAAGCCCAAUCGACGAAGACGACGAAGUGCACAACAGCAAAAUGUCUCAACAACCAAGUUUCGCUCAGUCGAUGCGCAGCAACAUAUCGUCAUUACGUCGCGAGCGUCGCCAAAAGAUGGACGCCGCGAAUUCACAACUCCGCGAGUCGAAAUCUCGUGACAGAAUGCGAUUGCCUGAGCCCAAAUCGACCGAGCUAUCGAAACGCGGCUACCACGGUGGCGAAGUCAGAUGGGAUCCCGCUACCGGAGAGCUGACUUCUAGUGAGAAGGGAAGACCAAGCCAGGUCAAACCGGCCGAGUACGCAAAAGAAUUUGGCGACAGCCCGCCACGUGCGGCUGCUUCGGCCGCUCCAGCCAUCAGCACAUCCACCCCCUUUGGAGAGCGGGUAAGAAGGAUCGCGCCACCAGGUUUUGCCACGGGAGGUGCAGAGAAGACACUGCGUGCUCCUGCUGCCCAAACACCCCCGAGGCGAACUCCGUCUCCCAUGUCGUCGCCUACGAUGUACGACCCGGCCGCGAGUGCAUUUGCGGCGGCAGAUCGUCCCGAGUGGAAGGGCGGUAGUGGACGUUCAGCAAUUGUGAAGCCUGUGCACGACACGCCAGACGUGGCCCCGCUGAAGAUACCCCGAAAGAACGCCAAAAGAAGUUUGGCGAGCCCUGGUGCCACAUCUUCGCCCGUUGCGGCCGGGCUGAGUAACGUCAUGGCCAGCCCCCCUGCUAGCCCGGCCCCUGAAACGCUACAAUCCCCACGCGAAACUAAACGGCAAAUGGAACCCUCGUCGCACCCUCCUCCGCGAGAAGAACAAGAGGAUGAAGAGUCGAACAACCCCCCAGAGAAUUACCCAAGUCCUCCCCAGUCGGAUGGUCAAUAUAGAGCCCCCGAAGAUACGGUAGCUACAUCGCCGAACCCAAUGUAUUCCCUCAGCCCAGACUCGACAACUCCGACUUCGGCAGUGCGAAGGAAACCUACGCCGUCACAGCUGUCGCUGCAUCAGCAGCAAAACAGCAUUAGCCCAACAUACUCCCAGAGCGACCCUUUCAACUACUCGACCUACGCCGCCACAAAUACAACCCCCAACGCAAAGUCGAGCACGCAUAAGGCGGGAACUUCCGACGAGUGGGCUUAUUUGUCGCCCAAGUCCCCAGAAGACACUUAUGACACCGCGGGGGCUCCGCAAACUCCUGGUGACGACUAUGGGCAUAACGACAGUCCUUCGAGGGACGGGGGUGUAAUGGGCCGUACGAGGCCCAAGCUUCGCGACGGCGGCAGCGGAAGCACAACUCCUUCGAGCGAUGACGAGCCUAUCAAGAUCAGCCUAGGCGGUGGCCAGUGGGCGAACCGAGACCGCAAGCCCCUGGGCAUGGCUGCAGUGAGCGCCAAGUCAUCGAGCGGCCAUGAUGGCGGCCAUGCACGACGGAAUUCUAUGGCAGGGUCCAUCCACAAGACGCUACCCCCGGCACCUCCCGAGACGACGGCCAAGGAUCGUGUCGAUCAACUCAACGCCCAGCUCCGAGGCCUCGCGAACAGGCGCCUCAACCUGACGCGGUGCAUCAAGCAGAUGACGGAGCUCAUGCCGACAGACAACAUAAUGGCGUCGGCGGAGGUUCUGCGCAAGCGCGAGGUCGAAAGGAAAAAGGUUGAGGCCCUUAAGAUGGAACUCGCCGAGGUGCAGCGGGAGGAGUACGAUUUGGGCAUCAAGCUUCACCGUGCUUACAAGCGCAUCGACAGGACCGGCGAGUACGAGCCAACGACCCUGUGGGUCAGGCGUGUGACUGGAUAUUAAGAUCGUUUAGUCGGCAUUCAUUAAAGCCAGCUUUUGAAGCUUUGGGUGCUGGGUUAGACUGUGUUAGAUUGGAGAGAUGAGCAACAGAGUUGCAUUCACCUUUUCACUUUCCUGGUUUGGGUUUUCCAAUUUAUUUUCGGAUUUAGCGGUUCUUUUUCCCUUUUUUUUUGUUAACUCUUUUUUUUUUCUGCCUUUCGGCAACACCGUGCAAGGCGCGCACAUAUCAUUGAGAAUAGUCAUUGUGCAACUAUUCCAAGAUUUCUUCUGCUUGAAGCCUAGAAGACGGACAUAUUCCCCCACAAUAUCCAUACCAAGACUAGUUCUAGUUCAUAACAUGGUAAUUUGCUUG